AUGGCUACAAUGAGCUUUCGAGACGGAGCCUUCCAUGACCAUCUGCGGGCUUUGACCGCAGAGUACGAGAGGCUGUUGCUCGAAAACAAGGAGCUGCGACAGGGCACACCCACGGUAUCAUCGAGCUCAAUGUGGGCCAUCCGCAAUCAGGAUUUUGGCCUUUCGCCUGCGCAGCCGAUUGCUGCCUUCGCUGAGGAGAUGGAACUGGAGUCCCGGCAUCUUCCGCAUACGCCAAGUCAUCACAACCUACCUCCAGGAACACCACAGCCGAUGACUUUAAAGCCAUCGAAGACGCCCAGCUCCCCAUCAAGUCCAAAGGCGAGCCCAAAAGCCGCAGCUGCGAAGGCCAAGCGAGCCAGGGGAGAAGAAGAGGAGGACAACGAGGAGAAUGCCACCUUCCUCCUCCUGUUGGAUGUGAUUCCUGCCUUUGUGAUCUUCGUCAGUGCGAUUGUCGCUGGCCUCAGCGCGGAUAUCGAGCCCGACGCAGAGGUGUGGAGAAUAUUCGAGAUCACCUUCACCAUCUUCUUCAUAGGCGAGAUUCUCGUCAAGGUGCGAGUUUUUGGGGUUCGACAAUUUCUUUUCGGUCCCGAUUGGUAUUGGAGUUGGUUCGACAUCGUUUGCAUCCUCGUCGCAAUAUUUGACUUGUCGCUCACGUACAUCAGCUUUGCCUUGGGCAUCAAUCUUGAUGCAGGGCCCGUGAGCUCACUGAAGAGCUUGAAAUUGGCCCGGCUUGGUCGGAUCAUUCGGCUGCUGAAGUUCAAGAUUUUUCAGGAGCUGAAGCUCAUGAUCCAGGGCGUCUUCACCGGCCUCAGGGUCCUAUUCUGGGCGGUGGUGCUCCUGUUCCUCUGCAUGUAUCUCUUGGGCAUCGUCACGACCACCUUAUUCAAAGAGUUUGCUGAGUUCAGCUCGGUCCCUGCAGCGAUGUUCACAUGGUUUCGGUGUUUCACGGAUGGCUGCGCUGCAUACGAUGGGACGCCUCUUCAGGAAAAACUGCGGCAUGAGUUUGGCGGGAUCUUCAUGGUGGUUUACAUCCUGCUCUUCCUGUUCGUCACAAUCGGAAUCUUCAAUUUGAUUAUGGCUGUCUUUAUCGACAAUGUUGCCGACGGCAGCACCAAGAAGCGCCAGCGACAGCUUGGCCAAAACGCCGCAAAGACGGAGUGGAUAAUCGCCUCCGUCCUCAGACGGAUAAUCCUGACGAAGAUAUUGCGUAAGGACUUGGAAGAGCAGAUGGCUGAGGGUCCAGGACACGGGUCGGAGGGCCGUCGGGUAUCCAAGUUGCUAGACCAGCAGCUCUUGCAGUUGCAAGAGAUGUAUGGCUUCAAGCCGCACUCAUCGCAAGAGUAUGAGCAGCUCACUGAUGAAAUUCGCGAGCAGAUGGCAGAACGAAACGUGGUGGUGACAAGAGACGAGUUCAACCAGUGGUUAUCUACAGACAAAGAGCUUAUUGCUCGGCUGGACGAAUCUGAAAUUGACCUGUCUUGUAAGUCAGACCUUUUCGACGUCUUAGAUGCAGAUCUGAGCGGGGAGUUGGAGUUCGAGGAGAUGGUUGAUGGAUUGCUUAAGUGCCGUGGGCCGGCAUCCAAGACAGACAUCAUCGCAGUCAGGCUGAAGACAGCAUUUCUCGUGCGACUGGUUCUUAAGAUUUGUGAAAGGCUUGGGAUUGAAGAUCCAUAA